AUGACGAUUUUGAAGCUGGGGCUGGUGAAAGAUACGGUCACUAGACACUUGCCAAGAAAUGUGCAGAAGGAAUGUGGGGGUGGGGAGGAGGAGGAGGAGGAGGAGAAGGGUGAUGCGGAGAAGGACCAUGAGGCACAGUCUCUGGAUGCUCCUGGAGCUGUGUCCAGACCCAGACUUCAGAUAUGGCUCAGUUCCGAGCUUUGCAAACUGGGGAUAGGAGAACUGCGCCUCUCUAGAAAGCUCAGUGACUAUGUGGUGACGGUGCCAUGCAGCACAGAUUUUCGGGGACGCUUCCUCUCCCACGUGCUGUCUGGUCCAGCAGCAGCCCCCUCAGGGAGUGCAACAGGGGAUGAGCCACCUGCACCUCGGUCACACUCUGGUCACCUCCGGGUGGCCCGCAGCCCCCUGCGCCGCCAGGGAGCCACCCCGCAGUCUGGCUGGGUGGGGCCGUCCUCCCUCUUCUUCAAUGUGACUGUUUUCGGGAAGGAACUGCAUCUGCGCCUGCGGCCCAACCGACGGCUGGUGGUGCCCGGAGCCUCCGUGGAGUGGCAGGAGGACUUUCAGGAGAUGUUUCGACAGCCCUUGCAGCGGGAGUGUGUCUACACUGGGGACGUCACGGGCAUGCCAGGGGCAGCUGUCGCCAUCAGCAACUGCGACGGAUUGGCGGGCCUCAUCCACACGGAGAGCACCGACUACUUCAUAGAGCCCUUGGAGUGGGGGCAGCAGGAGAAGGAGGCCAGCGGGAGGACACACGUGGUGUACCGCCGGGACGUCAGCCAGCAGGAGUGGGCGGAGCCUGGCGGGGACCUUCACAAUGAAGCCUUUGGCCUGGGCGACCUCCCCAACCUGCUGGGCCUGGCGGCGGACCAGCUGCGCGACGGGGAGCGGAAGCGGCGGCACGCCAAGGCAGGCGGCUACAGCAUCGAGGUGCUGCUGGCGGUGGAUGACUCGGUGGUGCGCUUCCACGGCAAGGAGCACGUGCAGAACUACGUCCUCACCCUCAUGAACAUAGUGGAUGAGAUUUACCAUGACGAAUCCCUGGGGGCCCACAUAAACAUUGCCCUUGUCCGCUUGAUCAUGGUCGGCUACCGGCAGUCUCUGAGCCUGAUCGAGCGGGGGAACCCGUCUCGAAGCCUGGAGCAGGUGUGUCGCUGGGCACAGUCUCAGCAGCGCCGGGACCCCAGCCACGCAGAGCACCACGACCACGUGGUCUUCCUUACCCGCCAGGACUUUGGGCCCUCAGGGUAUGCACCUGUCACUGGCAUGUGCCACCCGCUGAGAAGCUGUACCCUCAACCACGAGGAUGGCUUCUCGUCGGCCUUCGUGGUGGCCCAUGAGACUGGCCACGUGCUCGGCAUGGAGCACGAUGGUCAGGGGAAUGGCUGCGCAGAUGAGAGCAGCCUGGGCAGCAUCAUGGCGCCCCUGGUGCAGGCUGCCUUCCAUCGCUUCCACUGGUCCCGCUGCAGCAAAGUGGAGCUCAGCCGCUACCUCCCCUCCUACGACUGCCUCCUCGAUGACCCGUUUGCACCCACCUGGCCGCAGCCCCCGGAGCUGCCGGGCAUCGACUACUCGAUGGACGAACAGUGCCGCUUUGACUUCGGCUCUGGAUACCAUACCUGCUCUGCGUUCCAGACCUCUGAGCCCUGCAAACAGCUGUGGUGCAGCCACCCUGACAACCCGUACUUCUGCAAGACCAAGAAGGGGCCCCCGCUGGAUGGGACCGAGUGUGCCCCUGGCCAGUGGUGCUUCAAAGGUCACUGCAUCUGGAAGUCGCCGGAGCAGAUUUACGGCCAGGAUGGAGGCUGGAGCUCCUGGACCAAGUUCGGGUCUUGUUCACGGUCAUGCGGGGGUGGCGUUCGAUCCCGCAGCCGGAGCUGUGACAAUCCCCUCCCAGCCUAUGGAGGCCGCCUGUGUUCAGGGCCCAUGUUCCAGUACCAGGUGUGCAACAGCGAGGAGUGCCCGGGGCCCUACGAGGACUUCCGGGCCCAGCAGUGUGCCAAGCGCAACUCCUACUACACCCACCGGGACGCCAAGCACAGCUGGAUCCCCCAUGAGCCUGAAGACGAUGCCCAGAAGUGUGAGCUGAUCUGCCGGUCAGAGGACACAGGGGAUGUGGUCUUCAUGAACCAGGUGGUCCACGACGGGACCCGCUGCAGCUACCGGGACCUGUACAGCGUCUGUGCCCGCGGCGAGUGUGUGCCCGUCGGCUGUGACAGGGAGGUGGGGUCCAUGAAGGCAGAUGACAAGUGCGGUGUCUGUGGCGGCGACAACUCUCACUGCAGGACUGUGAAGGGGACACUGGGCAAGGCUUCCAAGCAGGCAGGAGCUCUCAAACUGAUACAGAUCCCAGCGGGUGCCAGGCACAUCCAGAUCGAGGAGCUGGAGAAGGUCCCCCACCACAUCGCGGUGAAGAACCAGGUCACAGGCAGCUUCAUCCUCAACCCCAAGGGCACGGAAGUGAUGAGCCGGACCUUUACUGCCAUGGGCCUGGAGUGGGAGUAUGUGGUGGAGGACGCCAAGGAAAGCCUCAAGACCAGUGGGCCCCUGCCUGAAGCCAUUGCUGUCCUGGUGCUUCCCCCAGUUGAGGGUGGCCCCCGCAGCAGCCUGGCCUACAAGUAUGUCAUCCAUGAGGACUUGCUGCCCCUUAUCGGGAGCAACAACGUGCUCCUGGAGGAGACAGACACCUACGAGUGGGCACUCAAGAGCUGGGCCCCCUGCACCAAGGCCUGCGGAGGAGGGAUCCAGUUCACCAAAUAUGGCUGCCGGCGCCGGCGAGACCACCACAUGGUCCAGCGGCACCUGUGCGACCACAGGAAGAGGCCCAAGCCCAUCCGUCGGCGCUGCAACCAGCACCCAUGUGCCCAGCCCGCGUGGGUGAUAGAAGAGUGGGGUGCCUGCAGCCGGAGCUGCGGGAAGCUGGGAGUGCAGACCCGAGGGGUACAAUGCCUGCUGCCCCUCUCCAACGGUACCCACAAGGCCAUGCCGGCCAAGGCCUGCCCUGGGGACCGGCCCGAGGCCCGGCGGCCCUGCCUCCGGGUGCCCUGUCCAGCCCAGUGGCGUAUGGGAGCCUGGUCCCAGUGCUCCGCCACCUGCGGGGAGGGCAUCCAGCAGCGGCAGGUGGUGUGCCGGACCAAUGCCAACAGUCUUGGGCAGUGUGAGGGCGAGAAGCCGGACAUGGUCCAGGUCUGCAGCCUUCCCCCCUGUGGAGGAAAUCUCCAGAACUUGACAGCGAGGGCUGAUGUUCGGGAACCUGUGACCCCAGGACAGUGGGUACCACAGUCUGGGCCCCUACAUCCCAUUAACAAGAUAUCAUCAACGGAGCCCUGCGUGGCGGACCAGUCCAUCUUCUGCCAGGCAGAAGUCCUCGAUCGCUACUGCCCCAUCCCUGGCUACCACCGGCUGUGCUGUGAGUCUUGUUCCAAGAGGGCCCUAGGCCCUGGCACCAGCCCGGACCCUGGCCUGGCCUCCUCACCACCAUUCUCCACUCCUGGGAGUCCCGAGUCCCCCGCGGAUGCUGGGGAGCGCACCGUGGGAGCAGCAGGAUCAGAUGGCCGUCAGCGUGGCCAGCCCACACCACUCCCGAGACCUCUGGCUACCAGCACCCCAGUGACCCAGCACCGCUUUACUCCCCAGAAACUGAGCCCCAGAGCAUUGGGGGGCACUUCCCCCAGCAUCCCCCGGGAACUGCCUUGGGGCCGGACCGGGGCACCUGUGCGGGUCUCCGAGGAAAAAGGGCAGGUCAAGGAAGACCCGAAGCACCCAGGCACCAGCCUUCCCACCACCUCCCUGGUGACCUGAGCCCCCACCUUGCCUAUCCCGCCAGUCAAGUUUACACUGUGCUGCCUUGGAGGCCGCCUGCUCAGAGGACACACAGCGGAGCAGGGGAAACACAGACUUCCUUCUAAAUUAUUUGCCUUCUUGUUGUUCUAGUUUGGGGCUGUGAUCCUUGACCCCGUGAUGUGGAUGUCUGAGGAAGAAAACGGUCAGGGAAGGCCCUAACCGGCGUUACCUCAGCAAGCAGCCGGGGUGACGCAGCCAAACCUCUCAGGAGUCCUGUCUGUCUCCUGGCAGGACUGAGGGCCAGCUAGCACCCCCUCCUUCCCCACAUUGGAUCCUUCCAGCUGCCUGCCUUUGCCAGAACCUGUGGGGUCUACCAUGGAGGGCCUGUGGAUCUGGCCCCUCUGCCCAGAGAGGCACA